UACAGGAAAUGACCAGAGACUGCAGACACAGUACAGGAGAUGACCAGAGACUGCGGACACAGUACAGAGGAUGGCCAGAGACUGCAGACAUAGUACAGGAGAUGACCAUAGACUGUGGACACAGUACAGGAGAUGACCAGAGACUGCGGACACAGUACAGGAGAUGACCAGAGACUGUGGACAUAGUACAGAUGACCAGAGACUGCGGACAGUACAGGGGAUGACCAGAGACUGCAGACAGUACAGGAGAUGACCAGAGACUGCAGACAGGGGAUGACCAAGAGACUGCGGACACAGUACAGG